AUGACCGUCCUCGGUGGCACUGCCGGCGGCAUCUACUUUGCCCUCCCAGGAAAGCAGAGCAAGGCUCAGGCCCCACCAAUCAAGGCCAGCAGCAAGGACGAGGAGGCUUUCAUCCAGGAAUUCCUCAAGAGCGUUGAGACCGAAGACUCCAAGGCCAAAGCCAAGCACUAA